UCGCUCAGGCAUGUAUUUGGACAAUACCAAUGCGCGCCACAGAACUGGGAGGCCCUCUGUCGUUCCAGCGCCGUUUGAAAUAACGAGCGACCAGGCCAAUGAAAUAUAAAAGUUUCUCAUCUGAUUGAAAUCUACAACAUCCUGGUUGCUAAUUCGGUGCUGGUUAAGCUCUUUGUCCUGAGCCUGAAGGUCCAGUGACCGCAGCCAUGUUUCUGUACAACCUGACCCUGCAGCGGGCAACUGGCAUCUCCCAUGCCAUCCAUGGCAACUUCUCAGGAACUAAGCAGCAGGAGAUUGUUGUUUCCCGUGGGAAAAUUCUGGAACUGCUGCGUCCUGAUGCCAACACGGGGAAGGUCCACACGCUGCUUACUAUGGAGGUGUUUGGUGUUAUCCGAUCCCUCAUGGCUUUCAGGUUGACAGGUGGAACUAAAGACUAUGUUGUGGUCGGAAGUGACUCUGGCCGAAUUGUGAUCUUGGAGUACCAUCCUUCCAAGAACAUGUUUGAAAAGAUACACCAGGAGACGUUCGGCAAGAGCGGCUGCAGACGUAUCGUGCCGGGGCAGUUCCUCGCUGUGGACCCAAAGGGCAGAGCUGUUAUGAUAGGUGCCAUAGAGAAGCAGAAGUUGGUUUACAUCCUGAACAGAGAUGCAGCUGCCCGCCUUACCAUCUCCUCCCCUCUAGAGGCCCACAAGGCUAAUACGCUUGUUUACCAUGUGGUUGGUGUGGAUGUGGGGUUUGAGAACCCCAUGUUCGCCUGCCUGGAGAUGGACUAUGAGGAGGCAGAUAACGAUCCCACCGGAGAGGCUGCUGCAAACACACAGCAGACUCUGACCUUCUAUGAGUUGGACUUGGGCCUCAACCAUGUGGUGCGCAAGUACAGUGAGGCACUGGAGGAACACGGCAACUUCCUCAUCACAGUUCCUGGUGGUUCGGAUGGUCCCAGCGGUGUGCUCAUUUGCUCUGAGAAUUAUAUCACCUACAAAAACUUUGGGGACCAACCAGACAUCCGUUGCCCAAUCCCACGCAGAAGGAAUGACCUGGAUGAUCCUGAGCGAGGCAUGAUCUUUGUCUGCUCUGCCACCCACAAGACCAAAUCCAUGUUUUUCUUUCUAGCCCAGACAGAACAGGGAGACAUCUUUAAGGUUACUUUGGAAACUGAUGAGGAGAUGGUUACUGAGAUCAGGAUGAAGUAUUUUGAUACCAUCCCAGUGGCUACAGCCAUGUGUGUUUUGAAGACUGGCUUCUUAUUUGUUGCUACAGAGUUUGGAAACCACUACCUGUAUCAGAUUGCCCACUUGGGUGAUGACGACGAUGAACCAGAGUUUUCCUCUGCCAUGCCUUUGGAGGAGGGAGACACAUUCUUUUUCCAACCUCGCCCCCUUAAGAACCUUGUGCUGGUCGACGAGCAAGAAAAUCUUUCUCCCAUCAUGUCCUGCCAGAUUGCUGAUUUGGCUAAUGAAGACACCCCGCAGCUAUAUGUGGCGUGUGGCAGAGGACCCAGAUCUACACUGAGAGUUUUGAGACACGGACUGGAGGUUUCAGAAAUGGCUGUCUCUGAACUGCCCGGUAACCCCAAUGCUGUGUGGACUGUCAGGAGACAUGUAGAAGAUGAGUUUGAUGCCUACAUCAUUGUGUCCUUCGUUAACGCUACCCUGGUGCUUUCUAUCGGUGAGACUGUGGAAGAAGUGACAGACUCUGGUUUCUUGGGCACAACACCCACCCUGUCAUGCUCAUUGCUUGGGGAAGAUGCACUUGUGCAAGUCUACCCAGAUGGGAUCCGUCAUAUCCGUGCAGAUAAGAGAGUGAACGAAUGGAAGACUCCAGGGAAGAAGACAAUCGUCCGAUGUGCUGUCAAUCAGAGGCAGGUGGUCAUCGCUUUGACUGGAGGAGAACUGGUCUACUUUGAGAUGGACCCGUCUGGGCAGCUGAAUGAAUACACUGAGAGGAAGGAGAUGUCGGCAGAUGUGGUGUGCAUGAGUUUGGCAAAUGUGCCUCCUGGUGAACAGCGUUCCCGUUUCUUGGCUGUUGGGUUGGUGGACAAUACAGUCCGCAUCAUCUCCCUGGAUCCAUCUGACUGUCUACAGCCGUUAAGUAUGCAGGCUCUUCCCGCCCAGCCAGAGUCUCUUUGUAUUGUGGAGAUGGGUGGAGUGGAAAAACAGGAUGAGCUGGGAGAAAAGGGCACCAUUGGCUUUCUAUACCUCAACAUCGGCCUGCAGAACGGAGUGUUACUGCGUACUGUUUUGGAUCCAGUGACCGGGGACCUGUCUGAUACGCGAACUCGGUAUCUUGGUUCUCGUCCUGUCAAGCUUUUCAGAGUCCGGAUGCAGGCCCAAGACGCUGUUCUGGCCAUGUCUAGUCGUUCUUGGCUGAGUUACUCAUACCAGUCUCGUUUCCACCUGACCCCACUGUCAUAUGAAACCUUAGAGUAUGCUUCAGGGUUCGCUUCUGAACAGUGUCCUGAGGGUAUUGUUGCCAUUUCCACCAACACACUGAGGAUUUUGGCUCUUGAGAAACUGGGCGCCAUCUUCAACCAGGUGGCAUUCCCAAUGCAGUAUACACCUCGCAAGUUUGUCAUCCACCCAGAGACAAAUAACCUGAUACUGAUCGAAACGGACCACAAUGCCUACACUGAAGCCACCAAAGCCCAGCGCAAGCAGCAGAUGGCUGAGGAAAUGGUGGAGGCAGCGGGGGAGGAUGAAAGGGAGCUGGCUGCAGAAAUGGCAGCAGCUUUCUUGAACGAGAACCUGCCAGAAGCCAUCUUUGGGGCACCUAAAGCAGGCUCUGGGCAGUGGGCCUCACUAGUGCGCAUGAUCAACCCCAUCCAAGGAAACACACUGGACCUGGUGCAGCUGGAGCAGAACGAGGCUGCUUUCAGUGUGGCUGUAUGUCGAUUUUCCAAUGGAGGUGAUGAUUGGUAUGUGUUGGUGGGUGUUGCCAGAGACAUGAUACUAAAUCCUCGCUCCGUUGGUGGGGGUUAUAUUUAUACCUAUCGGCUAGUUGGAAGUGGGGACAAGCUGGAGUUUUUACACAAGACGCCCGUGGAGGACGUGCCCCUGGCUAUUGCACCCUUUCAAGGACGUGUGUUGGUUGGAGUGGGCAAACUCUUGCGCAUCUAUGACUUGGGAAAGAAGAAACUUCUUCGCAAGUGUGAAAACAAGCAUGUUCCUAACUUGGUAACGGGCAUCCACACAAUUGGGCAGCGCGUGAUAGUAUCCGAUGUUCAGGAAAGUCUAUUCUGGGUACGCUACAGACGCAACGAGAACCAGCUCAUCAUCUUUGCCGACGAUACAUAUCCUCGUUGGGUCACUACCGCCUGCCUGCUUGAUUAUGACACCAUGGCUGCUGCGGAUAAGUUUGGAAAUAUCUGCGUUGUCCGCCUGCCUCCCAAUACCAGCGAUGAUGUUGAUGAAGACCCCACAGGGAACAAAGCAUUGUGGGACAGAGGCUUGCUUAACGGAGCAUCACAAAAGGCCGAGGUGAUUAUUAACUAUCACAUAGGAGAGACGGUUCUGUCCCUCCAGAAAACUACCCUCAUCCCUGGAGGAUCAGAGUCCCUGGUGUACACCACGCUAUCGGGAGGCAUUGGCAUCCUGGUGCCGUUCACUUCUCAUGAGGAUCAUGACUUCUUCCAGCACUUAGAGAUGCACAUGCGCUCUGAGUUUCCCCCUCUGUGUGGUCGUGAUCACCUCAGCUUCCGCUCGUACUAUUUUCCAGUAAAGAAUGUGAUCGAUGGAGACCUUUGUGAGCAGUUUAACUCCAUGGACCCACAUAAGCAGAAGAGUGUCUCUGAGGAAUUGGACCGCACGCCUCCAGAGGUGUCGAAGAAAUUGGAAGACAUCCGAACACGCUAUGCCUUCUAGUAUCUUCACAUCUGGCAGGCGCACCAUGAGAAAAUCUGUUUUUCCAGGCCUCCCAUGGCUGUGGUCUCUCAACUUUCCUACCACAAGUAUAGAAGCAACAUUUUGGUGACAGCUGAAAGAAGUUCCCCCUUUAACUGGGGCCAGCUGGGAGCUGUCACAGUCCCAGUGGUCAAUGACCUUGUCCUGCUUGAAAUGACUAUUGGUACUGUACUUGGUACAAACCAUCUUUUUUAUUUAGUUCAUACUGAGUGGUUGCAUAGUGACAAAUAUUUUCGGAGGAAUGUUUUCAGGCAAAGGACUACAUCAGCUUGUAUUCAGGAGUGGCUUUUGGAUGUGUAUACUUGGAAAAUGUCUAUUACUAAUUUUGUAGCUACCAUAAUGCAAAUUAAAUCCACAUUUUAUGGUAUGAAACAGUCUGUAUAAAACAUUCCAUCAUUCACAUUUUGGCUGUUUAAAUUCUCUUUUGAAAGUUAAAACAGUGAAGUUGUAAAAUAGCUUUAGUUUUUGUCUCUACGUGGAUGCAGCAAAUGUGUUGUGGUUUUUAACUUUGAAGAGCUAUAAUCAUCCAACCCCAGGGAACCUAAAAGAAAUGGUUCUGUUUAUGUCAUGAAGUGAGAAAAUUUGUAAAUAAACUUUUUACGUUAUCCUGUA